AUGGAUGGAAGAGCAUUCGGGGUUGAUGCACGUAAUUUUGUAGAUGGAUAUACCGUUUUGAUAAAGAGCGGUGGUUGGGAAUUCAUUAAAGUGAAAUUUGGUGAUACUCAAAGUUUGGAAGAACGAGAAGCGGAGAUUCUUGUUCGAGGGGAGGCAUUGAUGGAUGGACGCCGAAGUGAACACGAGGCUAGGUACUUCUUUCAGCAACUCAUUUCUGGGGUCUCUUUCUGUCAUGCAAUGCAAAUAUGUCACAGAGAUCUGAAUUUGAAGAACACACUACUAGAUGGCAGUCCUGCUCCUCGCCUUAAGAUAUGUGAUUUUGGUUACUCCAAGUCAUCUUUGCUGCAUUCAAGGCCAAAGUCAACUGUGGGAACUCCGACAUAUAUUGCACCUGAGGUUCUCUCCCGUCAUGAAUACGAAAAAUUUCAAAGAAAUCAGCGAAUAAUGGCCACUCAAUACAAAAUACCCGAGUACGUUCACAUUUCUCAGGAUUGCAGGCACCUUCUUUCUCGCAUAUUUGUUGCAAGUUCUUCCAGGAGGAUUACAAUCAAAGAAAUCAAGAGUCAUCCAUGGUUUCUAAAGAAUCUGUCAAAGGAGUUAACAGACGCCGCUCAAGCCAGCUACUACAGAAGAGACGCUGCCCCGAGUAGCAUCUCCCUCCAAACCAUCAACGACAUAAUGAAAAUUAUAGGAGCAAGAGGACUCUGUAUUCCUAAAAUACAAAUAAAAAAUGGUGAUUCUAAAGAAAACUGAAGCCUCAACCAGCUACUUCAUC